ACUCGGAGAGUCAGCCGCUCCGGCAGCUGCAGCCUGAGGCGCGCUCAGUUCGGAGGGAUCCGGUGCUGUUUCUGGGGUUCUGCUCGCCGUCACCUCCACCAGGCGUGAACAAGCAAAGUCCGAACCGGCUUCUCCAUGGCCUGGGCACCAGUUCCCGGCUGAACAUUUUUUUUUUGGCUAAAAGCCCCCGCCCAGAGGCCGAUUCGUCGCGGCGGCGGUGGAGAUCGGAGGUUCUCAGGCUUGCAGAUGGGUCAGGGGCUGUGGAGAGUGGUCAGAAACCAGCAGCUACAGCAGGAAGGCUACAGUGAGCAAGGUUACCUCAGCAGAGAGCAGAGCAGGAGGAUGGCGGCCAGCAGCAUUUCUAACACCAGUCAUCGUAAACAAGUCCAAGGAGGCAUUGAUAUAUAUCAUCUUUUGAAGACGAGGAAAUCUAAAGAACAGGAAGGCUUCAUUAAUUUGGAAAUGUUGCCUCCUGAGCUGAGCUUUACCAUCUUGUCCUACCUGAAUGCGACCGACCUCUGCUUAGCUUCCUGUGUUUGGCAGGACCUGGCGAAUGAUGAACUUCUCUGGCAAGGAUUGUGUAAAUCCACUUGGGGUCACUGUUCCAUAUACAAUAAGAACCCACCUCUAGGAUUUUCUUUUAGAAAACUGUACAUGCAGUUGGAUGAAGGCAGCCUCACCUUUAAUGCCAACCCAGAUGAGGGAGUGAACUACUUUAUGUCCAAGGGCAUCCUAGAUGAUUCACCAAAGGAAAUAGCAAAGUUUAUCUUCUGUACAAGAACACUAAAUUGGAAAAAACUGAGAAUCUAUCUUGAUGAAAGGAGAGAUGUCUUGGAUGACCUUGUAACACUACAUAAUUUUAGAAAUCAGUUCUUGCCCAAUGCACUGAGAGAAUUUUUUCGUCACAUCCAUGCCCCUGAAGAGCGUGGAGAGUAUCUUGAAACACUUAUAACAAAGUUUUCACACAGAUUCUGUGCUUGUAACCCUGAUUUAAUGAGAGAACUGGGCCUUAGUCCUGAUGCUGUCUAUGUCCUGUGCUACUCUUUGAUUCUACUUUCCAUUGACCUCACUAGCCCUCAUGUGAAGAAUAAAAUGUCAAAAAGAGAAUUUAUUCGAAAUACCCGCCGUGCUGCUCAAAACAUUAGUGAAGAUUUUGUGGGGCACCUUUAUGACAACAUCUACCUUAUUGGCCAUGUGGCUGCAUAAAAGCACAAUUGCUAGGACCUCAACUUUUAACUUCAAACUAAAGCUACCCAAGGACUUACUUAGCAGAUAUAGGGGUUGCAUUAGUGUUGGUCAUUCUAGCCUCUGUAUACAAUCAAGCUUGAGUGUACAACCUUUUUCUCUCUUACUAUUUUCUUUCUUUCUUUCUUUCUUUUUUUUUUUUAGUAAUUUCCUUGGGGAACUAAAGAAUUUUGCAGAAUUUUUCUUAAUUUUGCUUAUCAUGUUUUGCACAAAGCAGAGCCAUUGUCUGACACAGCUGUUUAAGAAUGUUAAACUGACCUUAUACUCUAAAAAAGAUGGUAUAUUUGUGCAUUAGAUUUGCCUGAAGAACUUUAUUCAUUUCCAUUCUUUUUUAAAAUACCAUGUAAUAUGUACAUAUUUAACUAAAAAGAUUUAUAAUCAUAAUUAUUUUAUUGUAAAGAUUUUAACUAAAGCCUUUCCUUUUUCUCUCAAACUGAGUUCUGAAAUUUAUUUGAUACUGAUAUGAAAUUAUUACUGUCUUCAUAAAAGUUGUCUCAUUAGAGACCAGUACCAGCUUCUCUUUCCUUUGAACAAGUAUUGAUUUGUCACUAUGCAAAAUAGGCAUUUAUUUUUGUAACAUAAAUUCAUCACCUGACCUCAUUUUUAAAACUUCUGCAUUCAUUAAGUCUGAAAUCCUUUAAAACCAUUCAGGAUAGCAAAAUAUGUUACUGCCUAAGGUUUACACACAUAAGAACAAAAUAUUAUUAGAACUUAUAUCUGAAGGAAUUAGUUAAACCUAACCUCCUAAUCUUGAUGAUUUCUGUUCAGAAUCAGUUGGGAAAGGAAUUUUGUGAAUGAAGUAAACAGGCUUUAUUCACUCGUUCAGUAAGUAGUUAUCCAGGGACUUCCAAUCAUUGUGCCAGGUACUAGUGAUACCUGGACAUGGUCUCUGCUUGCACAGAUGUUAUGUGAUUGGGUAAAGAGAGGAAAACCCAGUCUUAAUAAAGAGUAAAUGUAUGAAGUAUA